AUGGAGGGACCUCUGAAGGAACUCGCCAAGCUAGAGCAGCUGACCUCCAACUCAUCGUCGAGCAAGAGCAAGUCCGUAGAGGAUUCCCUCGAUGCCCUGCUCCAAUACUUACACCAAGUUCAAGACCGCUUGAAGGCGGGCACUGAGACCCAGGACACAUUUGCUAACCUCACGAAGACCGUGGAGGCCCGGAAGAAGGAUGUCGAGGAUAGACACAGAGAGAUAUACUCGUGCCUGUCGCGGUAUGGCAAAGCUCUGGAUAAGAAAUUCACGAGCUCAUUGCCGACGUCUCCUCCUAUGUUUGCGUCUCCUGAGGCAACGCAAGCGCUGGAACGAACAGUUGCCAUCCACUUUCUGCGCACGGGGCAGUUCAAAGUAGCUGAAACUUUCAUCGAGGAAUGCGGGGCAGACGUGUCUCCUGGUAUGCAUGGCCAGUUCUGGAAAUUACAUCAGAUUCUCCAGUCGUUGAAGAAUCAGGACAUUGGCCCUGCGUUAUCAUGGACGAAGGAUAACCGCGAUUUUCUCGAGUCCCGUUCUUCGCCACUGGAGUUCUACCUUCACCGCUCCCAGUACAUACGCCUGUUGCUCGCCUCUCAUCCUCCUCAGCCGCUCCCCGCUCUAGCCUAUGCGAAAGUGAACUUUGGCCCCUUCUACGAGCGACAUGCGCUGGAGAUUCAUCGACUGAUGACGUGCACUGCCUAUCUGCCUUUAUCACGUCUGCAAACAUCCCCGUAUGCAGAUCUAGCGUCGCCUGCGAUCCACUUUGACCUGGAGCCCAUGUUCGCUAAGGAGUAUUGCGCUAGUAUGGGUAUGAGCAGGCAGGUGCCGUUGAGGGUCGUUGGGGAUAUCGGAGGGGGAGGUGCACUGGCGCGGAUCGAGAAAGUGAGGAAGCUCAUGAGAGAGCGGAAGAGCGAGUGGAGUCAAACUGAUGAGCUACCAGUUGCGUUUCUCUCCACUAUCGAAAUACCGCUCCCUCCGGAGAACCGGUACCACUCGAUAUUUGCCUGCCCUGUGUCGAAGGAGCAGUCGACUGACGCGAACCCGCCAAUGAUGAUGUCGUGUGGGCACGUUAUUGCCAAGGACAGUCUGCAGAAGCUGAGCAGGAACGGAGGACGCGUCAAGUGUCCCUAUUGCCCGCUGGAGUCUAAUGCAAGUGCUGCUUUACGCGUGUACUUCUAG